AUGGAUGACUUGUUUGAUUCUUCUUUGAACUUGGAGGACACCCAUUACAAGGAAGGCUACGAUGAAGGCCACAGUGACGGCCUCGUCGCUGGCAAGGAAGAAGGCAGACAGGUUGGCCUCAAGGUUGGUUUUGAAAUUGGAGAGGAGCUUGGUUUCUAUAGGGGUUGUGUUGACAUUUGGAAUUCGGCACUUCGGCUUGAUCCGACUUGUUUCUCUCCACGGGCCAAAACAAUUAUUGGCCAGAUGGAGGAGUUGAUUGAGAAAUACCCUCUCAUGGAUCCGGAAAAUGUACAAGUGCAAGAAAUCAUGGAUAGCCUGAGGCUGAAGUUCAAGAUGGUUUGUUCUUCCUUGCAUGUCAAACUUGAGUAUAGUGGAUAUCCAAAGUCUUCUACAGAGGCCAAUGAUAUUCAGUUUUGA